CAACUUCCUGGACGCCAUUGGCAUUUUCAGGUGCGAUUUUCUUUCCAUCAACUUGAUCCCACACUUGAGGACCCAGUCGAGAGAUAACCACAGAGAGUUCAGUGACAGCUCUGCUCAGGUUGCUUUGAUCCCAAAUUCAUCAUCUGGCCCGCCUGCCACAAACAAAAUUGUUGCCACCAGAGGCAAUAGCGACCGCCCGUCCAUAACACCUUCCCUGUCACGCUCUUGGCUUCCCGAUUUCGCUUCUUCGAGUCGUUCUUUCUUCCGCAUUCAACGGCUCGUCUCUGCGAAGAAUCCCUCUGUUGACGGCCAAAGACGACGACAACGACGACGAUAGACGAUACAAGACUCCAGCGAUUCUGUUACACAGCCAUUUCGUCCUGCGAGGACGCUUCGCGCGGUGCUCGAGGCCGCUCCUCUUCCCAACACAAACCUGCGUGUGCACCGCUGAAUCGCACCGCUCUUCUCUCACAACGAAACGACUCAAUUUGAUUUCGCAGCCAUGAUCACCACAGCUCGUUCCCUUGCGACUCUGAGAAUUACAUGCCGAUGAUCAUGUCCUGCGAAGUCUGCGCCCUGAGGAUUCACUUUAAUUCCUCGCCGAAAUGGUGUCGGAUACUUCCCUCAGCACGCGAGUGUCUCUGAUCACUCUCGAUCCCGCCGUUGCUUCCCAGAUUACAGCCACCCCAGGCACGACUAUCGCUCCAUCAACCUCGCAGUAUGCCUCCAGUCCCAGGAAAGGCACAAAGACGCCGACUCCAGAUCUCAGUCGCCGCCAUAUAAGGAAUAACUCGGCCCCGACCACAGCCGGGAAGAAAAGAUCAAACUCGUUGCGCCGGGUCAAGAAUAGCACCGAGCUGCUGAGACAACGAUCCACAAAUAGCUCCAAGAAAGAUGUUAAGGCGGAAAAUCCUACAGAUGUAAGAGCUGGACGGAAUUUUAUUGUGGGCAAUGUCGGCACUGGGGGAAUAUUGUACCUUACUCCAUCGACAUACCAGUCACACGCCCAAAAGCCCUCUCUGACGUCUCUUUCUUCGACUCGGACGCCUGUCACGGCCCCUGCCUUCCUGGAUCUGGAACAUCUCCUUCCACCAGAGACUCAAGCCAAUCCAUCAAACCAGUCCGACCCCUCAGUGUAUCCCCAGUCGGCGGCGCCACACUCGCCUCCAAAGCCAUUCGACAAACGUGCCAUUGCGGCCAAUCAUGGCCGCUCUCAGUCAUUUUCUACUGUCGAGGAACAUCGACAGUCAUUAUCUGCACCAAAAUCCCGCACACUGAGGAUCGUCAUACAACGUCCAGAAACAGCACGCUCCGACAAUGCUCGGGAUUCUGUACAAGAUGAUCGUCAAGACCUUUCACCCACCCUUUCCGUCCCAAUUCCCCACUAUCGCAUAGGAACCUUUCGCUUCAGUGCACAGGGUACCCCCGUGCUGCGUGGUUCUUCAUUCACUCGAGGAUCUGCGACCCCCUCAGAUGUCACUGCUACCAUGGCCACUACUCGUUUGGACCAGUAUUUCAACGGACCGCCGGCGUCAAGUUUAAAGGCUCUGUCGAGAAUCGACCAGACAACUUUUGGCCAGUUCCGUCCCUCCUCAUCAAAUGUCAACGAACCACCUCCGGAGCAGGUCCCAGCAUCAUCCAUACAGCCUAAUGUCUUUGCUGAACUAUCCGGUAUCUACGAUGACCCUUCCGUUGUCCGGUAUUGCCACAACGUAAGAGAAAUCACUGCUGCCACUCCGGCCAGAAUCAUCGCCCAAAUCUCAUCCGAUUCGUUCAUGGAUUACGAACUCGUCUCCGAUUUCUUCUUGACUUUCCGUUGCUACAUGUCAACCUUUUCUGUUCUCGAUUACUUACUCGCGCGCUUGAGGUGGGCAAUCGGGCGCCUGGAGGAUGACGGUAGAAUCAUUCGUGUUCGGACGUUUGCCGCUCUUCGGCAUUGGAUUCUCAACUACUUCAUGGACGACUUCUUCGUUGAUCGCCAACUCAGAGAGCGAUUUUGCACAGAGAUCAACAAAUUAUAUCGCGAUGUGAAGAACAAUCCAGACAGCGGUUUCAGCGACUUGAAACUCUUGCGCGAUCUCAAACGUUGCUGGAACGGACGCUGCUCUCUCUGCUGGACCCAUGAAUACUUCGAAUUAGAUGGAGAUCAAAACGACGACCUGAUCCCCGGAGGCGCAGAUGAUAAUGAUGAAUAUCCACCCCAGCCACCAGCCGUUGCUGUUUCACUGCACCCCCCUACGGAAAUGCCCCCCUCAGAGAUUCUUCAAGGCCCGUCCACUAGUUGGUUUGAAAUUCCACGGGCCAGUGCAAAUCAACACCUGCGCAAUCACUCCAUUCUUUCUGACCAAAUCAGUCCCUCUCUUGAUAGUGAUGGAAGUCUGCAGGCGAACUCUUGUUUUCCGAAGAAUCUGUUGCGAUCUGGAGCAGGCGAAGAGACCCACGCUAAAGGCCCACAUCCUGUGUCCGUCCAACUGAGAAGAAAGAAUGCACCUGCAACUCUGCACGUCAACACUCAACCGGGAUUAGCUCCCAAAUCCCUUGGUCAUCGCCGAGGUGCCAGUUCUGUCGAUAGCAAUCGCGAAACGACACCGCGACAGACGGAACAUGAACCGCCAUCGUUAUUUGUCGAUGAUGGAAGUAUCAUCCGCGGACUGUUGUAUAGCCCGAGUGCGCCCUUUGUUCAAAUUGUGUCUUCAUUCUCGCCCUCAGCUACAGAACCUUCCGACUCUGCGGACGAGCGUCCUCGAAUUCGUAGACCGCAGGACCAUGCAACGCAUGGCGGAAGAAAUCUGUUUGGAUCUUUACGCAAGGUUUUAGGGGGAAGGAAUGGUGCCGACGAUUUGACCGUGCUCACAAUAUCACAGCCAACGAAUGAAUCAGCUGGACAUGGCCACAAACCACAAAAUUCGUUGAAGACGUCCGCCUCUCAUGAUGAACUGGGCAGCAAAACGAUGGCACCGAUGCAACGGAAGGGCGAAAUCCGCAUCGACUUGUUAUGCGCGGCUGUCUGCCAAAACUAUGAAGGUCGAUUUCCGUCAAAACACCGCGUUACAUACGGCCCACUAUAUGCGACCAAUAACCUUAAUCCGAUUUUAGACCAGAACAACGCGAAACUUGGGAACUCAGGAGCAGACCGUCGAGCAACAGCCCAAAGUGGUUCAAUCUUAAUCAUAGACGAUACUGGGCCAGAUGUUCCGACCAUGUCCGGAGCUCUACGACCUCUCAACUUGUCAGAACUUCAAAGAGGGGGUCCCCGGUAUGGCACAGACAUGCUGCAUCCGGAGAGCUUUCGGUCUGAUCCGAAGUUGAGUUUUGAUGCUGUCGCAACCCAGCGAAGUUCAGAUGUCCUCGGCGAAGCCAUGCACAACACAGGAUCAGGUAGUAGCAUUGGUUCUGUUGGCAUCUUUUCUUCGCAAAAUCCUGUAGAGGAUCUACGAUCCACUCCAGGAAAGACUGAUCACGCCGACAAAGUUGACGGUCCCACAGUCGAGACCAUCAAAGACACUGAUCUAAGCCAGGCCCUAUCCACUGAAGAGCAACCAAUCACAUCUGGAGAAAAGGACCUGGAUCGCCAUGCACCGGUGGACGAUGAUGAAGUCGAGCAUGCAUCAAGCUCUGGGCCAGCUCACACCUUGAGAAGGCGGCCAGGAGGCGAUCUUCGAAUGGUUGAAAACGUGCAACAGCUCGACCACAGUAUACAUCACCAGUCUUUUGAUACAGCCAGCACAGUGUCGAGGUCUCCGAACGACUCGUUGCUCCUCAUGAGAACUGAUACGAAUCGUACCGUUCGAAGAGACGCCCAACCACCCAAUAAAGUCGUCUCGAUGAUCAACACCCACUCAUCUCAACACCUCCGGCCCUCCUUUGAAGCAGCCGUUGCAGGCUUUUCAGAUAUACCAGAUGAUGAUGAUGGCGGUCUGGAGGCGACCUUACUGAAAUUGGAAGGCCGGUAUGAAAAGCGCUCGCCACCGAUCAAUCAGCAUCCAAUAGAUGUCGCUGGUAAACGGCGAUCGCUUCCAGACUUGCAGGCAAGCUCGGAGAUCGAUCUAGGUCGUGUCAAUGAAGAGACAAGUCACUCACUUCAUGGCGAUGGUCUUGAUCUUCCCCGGAGGGAAACUCAAGCGGCACCUGCGAUGAGCCAUCCUACCGACAACAUGACUCGAGAGAUCACCCAUGUCGUCACGGAAGUUGAACCUUCGUCACCGAGAUCCUCAAUCUUUGGUCUUGCAACAGAGUCUGUGGCGGAGUCAGAAAAUUCAUUUGGCUCUCUGCCCCUGUUGAAGCGCGAGGCUGGCCACGGAAGCACUGUCCCUGCAGCUGCAUCAAAAGUAACCCGCGAGGUCGAAUAUGUUGCACCUGGGUAUUUUGCACAGGACCCACCUCAGCUCUUUCACCUUCCCAAAGGACCACCUCCAAGUGGAAAUAAGAAUGCCCAUGGGCGUAGUCUCUCGAGACCUGACACUGCUGACGAGAGUGCCAAAUCGUUCCUGCUGGAUGAGGACGAGAAUCUGUCGGACUUAUCAUCAGAUAUAUCUGUUGAUAUCAUUAAUCACUCCGAGGUCGUUGAUCGAUCGAUCUCGCCAAUGCUGGCUGCACCAGGAACUGCAAUUUCUGGUCUCGAGAUUCCUGCACAUCCAUUGACCUAUGCCUCAGUGGUGAAUUUGGCGGCCCCGGAAGUGAGCUCCACGGUACCCUUGCCAUCACCGAAAGAAGGCAAGGGACUUGACCCAGAAAAGCUAGGUCCACCGCAAGCAAAGGUGCAGAAGCAUGGCUCCUUUGGCAAGUCGACUGCUCCACUCACUCGACUUCCUCCGGGUCCUGCACAUCUGCCAUUUGUUCUGGCGUGCGAUUCACAAGUUCUGGCUCAACAAAUGACGUUGGUGGAAAAGUCUGCUUUGGCUGAAGUUGAGUGGUCUGAUCUUGUGGAAAUGCGCUGGGACAGCAAAGCGGCCGAAGUGCUUGAUUGGGUGGAUUGUCUGAUGGAUUUGGAUAUCCGAGGCGUUGAUCUGGUCAUUACACGCUUCAAUUUGGUGGUGAAGUGGGUUAUGUCGGAAAUUGUCUUGACUCGAGACAUCAACGAGCGAGCUCGUGUCAUCACCAAAUACAUCCAUGUGGCAGCUCAUGCUCGCAGGUUGCACAACUACGCCACCAUGCUUCAGUUGACAAUCGCACUCACAUCAACUGACUGCGCACGACUAACCAAGACCUGGGAGCUGGUCUCAGGGCCGGACAUGUCCCUUCUCAAACAUAUGGAGAUGUUGGUUCAGCCUGUCAGGAAUUUUCAUGACCUACGGGUCGAAAUGGAGUCAGCCGAUCCCACUGAUGGCUGUAUUCCUUUCAUUGGGCUGUAUGUUCAUGACUUGACUUAUAAUGCUCAAAAGCCUUCGCGGAUUCCGGGCGGUCCCGGAGGAGAGAUGUUGGUAAAUUUCGAGCGUUACAGAACGUGCGCGGUCAUUGUCAAGGGUCUUUUACGGCUCAUUGACGCCAGUUCUCGUUACACAUUUGAACCUCGCCCUGGGGUAAUUGAAAGGUGCUUAUGGAUGGCCGCUCUUCCAGAUGAGAGCAUAAGAAUCGCUAGCAAGAGCCUGGAAGAUUAAAGAGAAGGCCCAAGCCAUGGGGGCCACACUCGGUCGAGAAAGAUUUCUAGUUUAAUGCGCAGCGAUCCAGGAUUGGCACGAAAGAGCAAUUGGAUUUUAAUGUUUGGUCUGGAAGUUCCUACACAGCGCAGGCGCUAUGGAAGAAGGGACUUAGAUACGUUGUAGCGACACCUCGGAUAUUAUACUUGCGUUUGGAUGAAGAGUAUCUUUAGUUUGAAGACUUAGCAAGCUAGCAUGUACCUUGGCAUGCCAGGGCGAGAAGGGUUGGUUAUAACUGACAGCGGUCAAGAUCAUCGAAAAUGCUCUUAACAUGCCAAUAUGGUCGACAAAAUGAAUAUUACUUGGUAUAUGCUCU